AAUGUAUCCCUUUAAAGAAUAAAAUGAGUGGGGUAAAACAAUUACUACAAGUAGAUAAUUUGAUACAGAACUUCCAAGGCCAAGGGUGUCCAAUCAGCUUGCUGGAGGUUCAGUGAGAGUUUGCUGGAGAAUGGGUCAUUUUGGAUAUAUAAUGCUGGAGGUUCAGAAUAUUUUCAAACACGACCACUAUCUGAAUAUUUGGCUUUAAAAUAUGUAUUUGCAGUACAAUACUACAUAAUUUGUAUUCUGUUAGCAUUCAAAGAAAUGAAGACAAAAUUAAAUUUUAAGGUAUAAAAACUGAUGAUUUUUUUCUUUUGAGUGAAUGCGUGAGAAUGCCUAGGGCAUGCGGGAGUGUGGGAAAAUGGGUCCAGAUGCGCGAGUCUCCCGCGAAAUGCGUGAGACAAUUGGUAGGUCUGUUGAUAAUGGAUUUUCUAUUUUAAUAAAAUAAAUUCUGUUCAGAGACUAGAAUGAGGUUGAAAGAUUAAGAACUUGACAUCUUGCAGAUUUCCUAAGGACAAGAAGAGACGAAGGCUAUGGGUAGAUAAUAUGCGGAGGGCCAAGUACUGGCCAAAAGAUAAGUCAGUACUAUGUUGCGACCAUUUUGAGCCACAGUAUUUCGACAUGACGGGGCAGACGAUACGUCUCAGAGAAAAUGCUGCGCCAACGAUUUUCACCUUCCCCAAGCCGCAAACAAGAAGAAAUUCAAGAAUGCGUAUGGUGGAAGUGGAACAUCGGCUGCCUCUGGCCGACAGGGUGUGUGAGACGCAACAGGUGUCAAAGACAGUCGCGCAAGAUACGGAGAGAAAAGCCGAUGACUCGAAGGCUAUUACAACGUUCCGUGGUUACCAGCGAAACUCUGAUCACAAUUACUGCAUCGCGUGCAGUCCAAAAACGCUGAAAAGUAAGCUUGACGCAGCUUACGUUACUUUAGACACCUAUGAGAAGAAACUAAAAAGAGGUCAGCAGCUCAAUAGUCAACUCGAGCAAAGGAUUAAGUCCACGAAGAGUGUGGUGCGAAGUCUUCGAGAGCAAAACGUGAAACUGAAGGGGAAAAAAAGGGGAAAAAAACAAAGAAGAAUACAAUCCAGCCCUGCAAUGACAAAACAAUAGAGUGCUGCAAUCAAUAAAUAGUAUUGAAUCGUGCAUGUUCGGUUACGUUACGUGGUUGUAUGUGCUUGGAUAUCGGCAUCUGUGGAUGAGAUGCCAAGACUUUAUCGACAAUGUAAAUAGGGCAAACGUGUGCCAAGCUUGACUAUGACUGCGGUCAAGGUACCUUCUAGACUUGGCCGGACGGCAUUGCAGAAAAGUUGAUGUGGAAGUGAAGUUGGCCACCAUCGAUCACUUCUAGACGUCUGCUCAGAUAUACUUCUCCUGGCCAGGUUACUGCCGGCAACAGAAACACCACGAACACCGCCACUAGUCUACUGAGAUAGAAAUCACUGAAGUCAUUAAGAAGCCUUGUGAGUUGGCUCCCUGUCCCUUGGAGCCAGUUGGAACAACGUUGGUAGA